AUGGAACAAUCGAAUUUCAAUAUUUAGCUAAAUAGCAAUAUCUAGGCCUAGCCAUAACCCUUCUAAGCCUAACAACAAUAGUAAAGAAACCUCUAAUUUUAGUAGUAGCCCUCCUAAAAUCAGUCAUAGCAAUAGCACCAGCCAUAAAAUGCCUCAAAUCCCAAUCAAAAUUCAGCAGGCGCAGAGGCACAUCUCAGUAGUCUGAAGGCAUGCUUCAAGUAGGCAGCCAACUCUCUGACUUCUCUCUAUAAAUAAUCAACAUUUAGCUAUAAUAUUGCCUACCAACAAGGGCGUCAAGAUGCUUUUGAAGAGGUCUUUUAAUGGUUUAUGGCCUAGAACACGAAUGAUCAAGGAGAAUUUAAAAAUGUCUCAAAAGCAGAGUUUUUUACUUAUAUUCAGGAAAAAGUUAACAAAUAGGUCAUUGAUACCCAGAAAGCUCAUGAUUACAAUCAAGCAUUUAUUUAAAGCUUAAUGCCCCCUCCUCAAUAAAUAAGACCUUCAAAUAUGAAUGGAAUGAUGCAAGAGUAAUUCAUGGGAGUUAAUCAAAAUGCAGCUUCUGAUUUGAUAGAGCUCGCUGAUAACGCUAUUUAGGAAGAGACUGCCAAUAAUGGAGGACUUGAGAUUGGGAAAAAGUUUAGCAUUAAUUUCAAUGGGCUUAAGUUAAACGAUAGUAAAAAGAGAAUGAGAGGACCCACUUUUGGUAGUCAUGUUCAAUAAACUCACGAUAAUGUCCCUUAAAGAUAUGACAGUGCCAUGAUGCAGCAAGAAAACUACAAUGAGGAGAUGGAAAUAUCUCAGAAUCAGCAGAAUAACUCAGGCAACUUUAAUUAUAGCAACAAUAAUGAAUAAGCAUUUCCAAAUGACAAUAGAAAAUUAUUUAAGCCAAAGAGGCAAUUUAAACAACCUCAAUGA